CAUAUUAAAAUGACAGUUCAUUCAAUUAUUUGCAGAAAAUAGUAGCACCAAAAUCACCUCCACAGUUAAAUAACGUACAACUUUUAUUUGGUGAAAUUUCAUCCACAUUUAUGAAAUUAUUAUGGAAGCUCCUCCUAGCAUCCCUUAGUAGUGACAUGUUACAUGUUCUUAUCCUUUUGUCUUUUUUUAGCAAAUAUCAUAAUAAUCAUAUGUGUCUGUCCCCACUAUCAUCACUAUACACUCCUUCUCCUGCCCAUGUGAUCAUUUCCACGUCAUCAUCAUACACUAAUCACACCCUCACAACUCACUCAAUCACUUUUACCACCUCACCUCCAUGCCUACAUACACUGUAUGUUACCUCCACCUUUUCUUUGAUAAGAUUUUGGUGCUUUCUUGUCUAUCUAUAUUUUCAUCUAAACUUUGAUUGAUAGGGUUGUGAUUGUCAUUUUGUCAAUACCAAUUAUUUUAGUUCUCAAGUUUUGAUGCUUGAGUUUGAAGAACUUUGCAGUUAGCUCUAGAUGCUUGUAGAUAAUGUUCUUUAUUGUUUAUGAUUGUGCUUGUGCCUUUUUUGUUAAUAUUCUGUACUCAAUUAUGUUUCUGAAUUAGGAAUUAUUUUUAUUUUAUUUUUGUAUUUUUAAUUUGAUGCCUUCAAAUUUGUGAAAGUGACAUGUGGGCUGAGUUGGUUUUGAUUUGGAUAACUUCCAUAAUCAGAUAGCAAAUUGGUAUGCAAGUUGGAUUUCAAGAUAAGCUAUAACUAUUUCUUAGGUCUAUUUUUAGCACUGGUUUCAUGUUCUUAUUCUGUGAUUCUAUAGAUAUCUUUUUUUUUUACUUUUUGACAAAAUUUCAGAUCCAAUCUUUGUAGUCAAUUAUUAGGUAUUAAUCUUCAUUCUUCAGAUAUUUUAUGUUAGAGAGAAAAGAGAAAAACCAUUUUGAAUUUUUGAGGUGAAGUUUAGUUAUUCUAUUAUAUAAAGUUUAGAGCUUUGGCUAUGCAAUAAAAUUUGAAGGCUAGAUAUACAAUAUGGGAAGCAAUAGAACUAUUGUUUGGUUUAGAAGGGACCUUAGAAUUGAGGACAAUCCAGCACUAGCUGCUGCUGCUAGGGAUGGUUCUGUAUUACCUGUGUUUAUAUGGUGUCCUAAAGAAGAAGGACAAUUUUAUCCAGGAAGGGUUUCAAGAUGGUGGUUGAAACAGUCUCUAGCUCACUUGGAUCAGUCUCUGAAAUCUCUUGGAGCUAGACUUGUGUUUAUCAAAACUGAUAGUACUCUUAAUGCUCUUUUGGAGUGUAUAAAUGCGAUUCAAGCUACGAAAGUUGUGUUUAACCAUCUCUAUGAUCCUGUUUCGCUUGUUCGAGACCACAACAUCAAAGAAAAACUAGUUGAACUUGGCUUAUCUGUGAAAAGCUACAAUGGAGAUCUGUUGUAUGAGCCGUGGGAAAUAUAUGAUGAGAAGGGACAUGCUUUUACAACCUUUGAUCGUUUUUGGCAGAAAUGCUUGCACAAACAAACGGAACCUGUUUCACUUAUUCCUCCGUGGCAAUUAGUUCCAGCUGAAGGAAACCUUGAGAAAUGUUCAAUAGAGGACCUAGGUCUCGAAAAUGAAUUAGAAAAACCAAGCAAUGCAUUACUACGACGAGCAUGGUCUCCAGGUUGGACCAAUGCUGACAAGGCUUUAACAGAAUUUAUGGACAAGCAACUACUUCAUUACUCCGAGAAUAGACAAAGGGUUGGCGGAGACUCCACUUCACUCUUGUCCCCAUAUCUUCAUUUCGGAGAGUUGAGUGUGAGGAAAGUUUUUCAAAUGGCACGUAUGAAGCAGAUAUUGUGGGGAAAUGAAGGCAACAGUGUUGGCGAAGAAAGUGUAAGUCUUUUCCUCAGGGCAAUUGGAUUUCGAGAGUAUUCGCGCUAUCUUUGUUUCAAUUUUCCAUUCACUCAUGAGAGAGCACUUCUUGGGCACUUGAGUUUUUUCCCUUGGAAUGCCGAUCCUUCUAACUUUAAGACUUGGAGACAAGGUAGGACCGGCUAUCCUCUAGUUGAUGCAGGAAUGAGAGAACUUUGGGCUACAGGAUGGAUGCAUAACCGAAUAAGAGUAAUUGUUUCUAGUUUCGCUGUGAAAAUGUUGCUUCUACCUUGGAAAUGGGGAAUGAAGUAUUUCUGGGACACACUUUUGGAUGCAGACCUUGAAUGUGAUAUACUAGGGUGGCAGUAUAUCUCAGGAUGCUUACCAGAUGGUCAUGAGCUUGAGCGCUUGGAUGAUCCCGAGAUUUUAGGAGCUAAAUUUGAUCCAGAAGGUGAAUAUGUAAGACAAUGGCUGCCCGAGUUAGCAAGAAUGCCGACCGAGUGGAUCCAUCAUCCUUGGAAUGCACCGCAAAGUGUACUUAGAGCAUCAGGAGUUGAGUUAGGUCAAAACUAUCCAAAUCCAAUGAUUGAUAUAGAUUUGGCCCGAGAAAAACUAACUCAAGCCAUAUUCAAGAUGUGGGAAAUUCAAGCAGCAUCAAAAGCUUCUAGCUCCGAUGCAAGGGAUGAAGUCGUCGUUGACAGUGAAUAUCAAGACAUUCCAAAAGUCCUUGUCCUUAAGGACAAGGCUCCGUGUGCUACUAUUUCGGCUAAUGAUCAAAAGGUGCCGGCACUUCAGGUUCAGGAUCCUAAGAAUGACCUACCUAUUAGGAAAAGAACAAAAUGUAUGGCAGAGAAGAGAAAGAACAAGGAAAGUUCAGAAAAUCAUGAGAAAGAUAGUAAGGUUUCAAGCAGUGACCAAGACACUAGCUCUACAGCUGACUCUUCUGCAUGUAAGAAGCAGUGUAGUACAAGCACCUAUUCAUUUUCUGUUCCACAACAGUGUUCGUCAUCUUCAAAUCUUAAAUGGUUAUGGCAAGAACAGAUUGACAUGGAGCAAAGUUCAGGGAAAGAUGGUAAGCAUUCUUAUAUUUCCAAAGGAGAAAGAAAAGAGAAGAAAAUAUAAUCUCACCUAUGAAGCACAUAACGGACACUGACACGUUGAUGUUGAUAAUAAUAUAAGAAAAUGACAUAAUUCAGUGUAAUCAUAAGUGUCGUUGUCCUACACCGGGACACACCUAAUCCGAGGAGUGUCCGUGCUUCAUAGAAUCUCACUCAGAUAUAAUCUUUAGAGUAGUUGUUUAAAUAAGUGUUUGUGGUACUAGUACCUGUAAUCAAACUAAAUCUCUAGAGCAAUGAAGAUUUUCAUUUACACUCGUUUUUACUCUUUGUUGGAUUUGUAUGCUACUAGUACUAAUAAUAAGAAUUUGCAUUUCCCAUGCAGGGACAACAUGAGGUUAGUUCUGUCCUUAUUUAUAAAUCCAGUAGCAGCUGCAAUGCUCAUAAAAAAUGGUGCCAUAAAUGAAGUGUAUGCUGUUUUCUGUGGCUAUAUUCUUAAUAAAAUGGUUUUGAAAUCCAAUUGAAACAAUAGCCAACAUUGUAUAUUAUUAUUUACUUUUUUGAAUGGGAACUUCAUUUGUAUUCUGACAGUCUUUUGUAUAAAAACUCCAUAAACUGAUUUACUACACAAUAAAUUAUUUUCACUAGG